AUGAAUUCUCUCGAGCGGGUCGACGAGCACCCGUCCCCGGUCGAGUUCAAUCAAAACAUCUUCAGCCAGUCUACUCACGAGACCCUUUCUCCUCUCAAGAUGCACGCCGUCCACAUCGAGGACCGCCCAAUCCCUGAGAGCGGCGACAUUUCUCUGACUCCAUCGCCGUCACCGACGCCAAACGCUACGCCGUUCUCUGAGACAAGCCAGAAUGAGCUCGCGCCCCUUCGGAAAACUUCCGCUAUGGGUGCCUUGGACCAACAGACUCAAGAAGACCAAAUGCAGAAGAUACCUCCUGCCAUUCCUCCCAAAAGCCCUCUCCGUGGCGCCAAGAAGAAGAAAUGGCUGUCCAGGUUGCUAAGCAAGACAGUCGGAAGACUGAGCUGCUUCCGUGGAGAUAGUCGCAAGAAGGCUAAGUCUCAGAAGGCCCCCGAACAGUGCAAGCAGCCUGAGCCCAGGCCCAAAACUAGUAGUGUUGGAGGCGGGUAUGCGAACCCCACANUCAUCACAAUCCCAUUUGUUGGGGGAGUCGGAGAAUAUGGUGGUUAUUCGGGAGACUGCGGUGGUAAUACAGGGGACUGCGGUGGUGUCUCAACAGACUGUGGUGGCGAUUCAGGAGACUGCGGUGGCGGUGGUGACUCGGGAGAUUGUGGUGGUGGUGGUGAUUGUUAG